UCAUGUCUGGCAGGGGUAAGGGCGGCAAGGGGCUCGGCAAGGGCGGUGCUAAGCGGCACCGCAAGGUGCUCCGCGAUAACAUCCAAGGCAUCACCAAGCCGGCCAUCCGCCGCCUGGCUCGGCGCGGCGGCGUCAAGCGCAUCUCGGGGCUGAUCUACGAGGAGACGCGCGGCGUGCUGAAGGUGUUCCUGGAGAACGUGAUCCGCGACGCCGUCACCUACACGGAGCACGCCAAGAGGAAGACGGUGACCGCCAUGGACGUGGUGUACGCCCUCAAGCGCCAGGGCCGCACUCUGUACGGCUUCGGCGGCUAAACUCCAUUGAAGCUCAUACUGUCUGAAAACACCAAGGCUCUUUUCAGAGCCACCCACAAAUCUCACAAUAAGAGCUGUUUAUUACUGGCUUAUCUGUGUCUGUUAUUAGGUUUUCGGAACAUACAAAAAACAGUUGAAGUGCU